AAACACACACUGGCAGUUUUUUUGUCUCGGCUGUGGGCGGGAGCUUAAAAGAGAAAGUGAAACUCAGCAGCAGGAACAUAAGGGAGGGAUGAUGAGGCUAAAAUGACCGAGGUGUGAGAGGAGGUCCUGAGAACUUGCCUGACUUGCCAACACUCACAUCAGGUGGUCCUUAGUUGUUCCCUGUGUUUGGGAUGUGACAGAGUGAUUUCAAUACUAGCUGUCAGACUGUUUGGCCUUUUUUAAAAUCGCGCUGAAGGACAUUUCCUCUACAAUGGCCUUUGUGCGGCUUUUAGCCCUGUUCCUGUUUCACAUGUCUCUGGUUGGGUGUCAGCACACCCAGACUUCACAACAGGCGUCAAGCUCCCCAGGAGAGCAAACUCCUUUGGGCACUGAUAGCCUGUCCUUCCCUUGGAGCCGUCUUCGCUUACCAAGGUACAUCGUUCCUCUUCACUACCGCCUCCUCCUGCACCCCAACAUGACAAAUCUCAGUUUCACUGGCUCAGUGCAGAUCCAGAUUGAUGUUCAGAACAAUACUAACUGGGUUGUGCUGCACAGUAAGGGUCUACAGAUCUCCAAGGCCACCAUACUGAACGAGAACUUUGCUCAUCUGUCUGACCAGGUUCUUCCAGUUCUCCAUAACCCUUCGCAUGAGCAGAUUGGCAUUUUCUCUCCCAGGGUGCUCAGCAGUGGGCAAAAGUACUUCCUGUAUAUGGAGUUUGGUGCAGAGCUAGCAGACGGCUUCUAUGGCUUCUAUAAGAGCACCUACAGAACCAGCACAGGAGAGACCAGAACCUUAGCUUCAACUCAUUUUGAACCCACGAGUGCUCGGAUGGCCUUCCCUUGUUUUGAUGAACCAGUCUUCAAAGCCAACUUCUCUGUACGGAUCAGGAGGAGCGCAGAGUACAUUUCUCUCUCCAACAUGCCUAUAGUCAAGACAGUCGAAGUAAAUGAUGGCCUGCUUGAGGACCGGUUUGCUGCGAGCGUAAAGAUGAGCACAUACCUUGUAGCAUUUGUCAUCAGUGAUUUCAAAUCUAUCACUGCAACAACAUCCUCUGGAGUGCAGGUGUCAAUCUAUGCUGUCCCUCAGAAGUGGCUUCAGACCCACUAUGCCCUGGAGGUGGCUGUCAAAAUGCUGGACUUCUAUGAGGAGUACUUCAACAUCCGCUAUCCUCUACCCAAACAAGAUCUGAUAGCCAUCCCAGACUUCCAGUCCGGUGCGAUGGAGAACUGGGGUCUGACCACCUACAGAGAGACCAGCCUUCUUUUUGACCCCCUCACAUCCUCUGUUUCUGAUAAACUCUGGGUUACUAUGGUCAUUGGCCAUGAGCUCGCCCAUCAGUGGUUCGGUAACUUGGUGACCAUGGAGUGGUGGAACGAUAUCUGGCUGAAUGAAGGAUUUGCCAGAUACAUGGAGUACAUUUCAGUGGAGGCCACUUACCCUGACCUUAAAGUGGAGGAAUAUCUACUGCACACCUGUUUUGCAGCAGUUGGUCAUGAUUCGUUGAACUCCUCCCGCCCAAUAUCCAGUCCAGCAGAGAACCCCACUCAGAUCAAAGAGAUGUUUGACACUGUCUCCUAUGACAAAGGAGCAUGUGUCCUGCACAUGUUGCGACACUUUCUGACAGACGAUGUGUUUCAGAGCGGGAUUGUGCGAUACCUCCGCAAAUACAGCUACAAAAAUGCACACAACCAGGACCUGUGGGACAGUCUAUCCAAUACAUGCUCAGAGGAGGACUUCAUCUCAGGAAAACACUGUUACAGCAGCAGCCAGGCCGCCAAAAAUGCAUACCUGUUUGCAGGGGAACAUCUGAAUCUGACAGCCAUGAUGAACACUUGGACUCUGCAGAAAGGUAUUCCUGUGGUAUCUGUGACAAGGAAAGGUCCUCGUCUGCUGCUCAGACAGGAGAGGUUCCUGAAGACGGUGCUGCCCUCUGACCCUGUUUGGCCCACUUUGCAGAAGGGUUUCCUUUGGCAUAUCCCUCUGACAUACAAGACAGAUGUUUCCAGCACCGUUCACAGACACUUGAUGACAACACAGACAGACAGCAUACACGUCGGAGAGGACGUCAGCUGGGUGAAGGUAAACAGUGACAUGACUGGCUACUAUGUGGUUCACUACGAGGACGGUGGUUGGGACGAGAUGACCAAACUGCUGAGGGAAAACCACACUGCUCUGAGCUACAAAGACAGGACUCACUUGAUACACAACGCUUUUCAGUUGGUCACGGCAGGUCAUCUGCCAGUCAAUAAAGCUCUAGAUCUGAUUGGUUAUCUGCGAUUGGAGAAACACACAGUGCCUCUCCUCCAAGGACUGGGCUAUCUGGAGUACUUCUACCGGAUGAUUGAGAAGAGGAACGAGCCUGAACUAUCGCAAAACCUUGGGAUGUAUAUCCUACGAUUUUUCCGUGCCGUCAUAGACCAGCAGACGUGGAGCGACAACGGCACAGUGUCAGAGCGACGGCUGAGGUCAGAGGUCCUCUCUCUGGCUUGUCACCUGGAUGACCCUCCCUGUCUGGAGCGGGCACGUCAGAGCUUCAAAGACUGGCUUCAAUCCAAUGGAACACUCAACUUACCCACUGACGUGGCAGAGACAGUGUUUUCAGUUGGAGCUCAGGAUGACCAUGGCUGGGCCUCACUCUUACACACAUACAACAUCUCCCUCUCUGCAGCACAGAAACAAAAAAUCCUAUUUGCCUUGACUUGCAGCAGAAACACCAGCAAACUGGAAAGACUGCUGGAGCUGGGCCUGGAGGGGAAGGUGAUUCGAUCACAGGACCUGUCUAGUCUCAUCCUGAUGGUGGCCAGGAAUCCACAGGGACAUCACCUUGCUUGGAACUUUGUCAAGAAGAACUGGGACACACUGGUUGAAAAGUUCCAGUUGGGCUCAUUUUGUAUUAGAAACAUCAUCAUUGGCACCACAGGCCAGUUUUCAUCUCCAGAGGAACUCGCUGAAGUGCAGUCGUUCUUUGAGUCCAUCAAAGAACAGGCAUCUCAGCUGAGAGCUACUCAGGUUGCCCUAGACAACCUGCAGAAAAAUGUUCGCUGGGUUCAGAGGAACCUAGAGACUCUGAGAAACUGGCUGAACGAGCAAAUGAAGUGAAAGACAGCAGUAAGAUGGAUUGUGGUUGACACAAACCACAGAGGGGAUACUUGAAGGUGUUUUUGAUUAUUUUGUGUGUUUUUAUUUGGAAAUUGUUGACAUUAUUGGAGAGGUGACAGUUUUGUACAUAAAAAGAUGAUUUGUAAAUCAGGGAACUAAUUUGUUAAAAUAAAAGUGUAAUUAGUAGAACUGGCAGCUGAGCAGUGGUAGUGUGUGUAAUGGAGCCACGUGUGUACCAUGAAUUUUGUGUUGUCUUUGUGUGUGUGAGUGUGUGAGAGAGAGGGAGAGAGAGAGAGAUCCAUUCCAAACACACAAAUACUCUGUAAAUGGAUUCUUCACCAAAUAGACAAUAAAAAGGUACAUUGUGCCAUCUCUGUGUGUUAA